CACGAAACGGUCACCUUCAUCUUUGGCGCAUUUCGUUAUCCACAGAAACUCAUUGCUUAUGUGCGCCAUUUGCUGUUUAUAUUGUUACAAUUUAGGAUAUUGAAGUAAACGCAUAAAUGUCACCAAAAAUAUUGAGAAGAAGACUCCAUCAUGGAGACAUUGACGGCAAAGUGCAAGAGCAUUUGGACACUUCAGAAAACUUGGAUGCUUCAAGUGAGCCCUUGUUGGAGGACCCUGACUAUAACAAGAAAGGAAUUCAAAAGUUGGACAAUUCAAAAGUGAAAGCAUCCACGCUUGAAGACAUAUGGAAUGAUGAAAGAAAAAAGGAACAACUACAUUGGACCUUCUUAUAUUCACAACUGAUUACACAAUGGGCGCAUACUCUAGGAAGGUGGACUAGUGUACGGGUUUCAACAAGUCCUCUGUCAAAGUCAAACAAUGCAGUUGGAUCUAGAUCACUGAUUUCUCGCCUUUUGUCCCACUCUCCUAAUACUCCAAAUAGACAAAGCAAUAGGAUGCUCCCUCCUUCUCUUAGUCCUUUGCAGGAAGAAAGACUCAGACAUGUACAGGAACGGCUUCAAGUUUCCUUCGAUGGUUCUAGAACAGAGCACCAAGAUGCACUGAAACAGUUGUGGAAAUUGGCUUUUCCCGACAGGGGCCUUCCUCCUCUUAAAUCUGAGCUUUGGAAGGAAAUGGGAUGGCAAGGUGAGGACCCUUCAACAGAUUUUAGAGGUGGAGGGUAUAUAUCAUUAGAGAAUCUUAUCUUUUUUGCCCAGACGUUUCCAGACUCAUUCCAGCGGUUAUUGCAUAAAAAGGAUGGAACCAGAGCAGACUGGGAAUAUCCAUUUGCUGUAGCUGGAAUCAACGUAUCUUUCAUGUUGGUGCAGAUGUUGGAUCUUAAUGCAGGAAUUCCAUCCUCUUCGGCGGGAAUCCGUUUCCUAGAGAUGCUAGAAGAGGAUGAAAUGACAUUUGAUAACCUUUAUUGCAUUGCCUUUCAAAUGAUGGAUGCUCAGUGGCUUGCCAAACAUGCUUCCUAUAUGCAUUUUAAUGAUGUUCUGAAGUCUACAAGAACGCAGCUAGAGCGUGAGCUUGCGCUUGAGGAUAUAACCACUGUGAAAGAUAUGCCAGCUUACAACUUGUUGAGAUAAUUGUGUGGAAAUAAACCACAUCAAAGCAUACGCUCAGCACCAAGGAACUUGUACAUAAAGUGUCUCGACCCAAUAAAUUCAUGUUGGUUUUGACCCUCGAGAGUUGACUCGCCGCAUAGUAUCUGGUAGGAAUAGUUAGUAUAUUCUCUGUUGCUAUGGAGUAAACAUAAUGUGACUGAUAAUUGUUGCAGGGUUAACUAACCGAAGUUUCUUAGUAUUUAGAUGAACUUUUUAGCAUUUUAAGCCAUGUUAGCUCAUGAUAUUUUCUGUUCAGAACUAUGCUUUUGUAAAGUUUGUUUUGGUUGUAAAACCUAUUGGUUAUAUAUAUGAAUGAACAUA